GCCAUUUCGUGUCAGCCGGUUUUAAGGUGCUGCCUACAUUCGGCGAGCAGAACAUUAAGAGGAUAAUCCAUCUCCCGAGUAAAGCAAGCUUUCAGUUGUUCUCAUUUUUAGUGUUAAGGUCCUGGUGAGUAUUUUUAACGAUAGAUUUUUCGCGCUUUUUUCAUUUUUUUCUGAAUUUUGAAGCGUCUUUGGGAUUUUAAUUUUUUUAAAUGUUAUUUUUUAUAUUGCAAUUUUUCCUGGCUGGUUUUCCCGAGACUGUGUUGACUGGCUGGCUGACUGUUAUGGCGUUCAUUUUGUGGCGGCAGUAACAAACGAGUUUGCUGUAACAUUCACCUCGGUGUCUUUGCUCCGUUUUUCUAAAACCCCCAUUUUUCCGGCAUGUUGUGGUCUCUUGUCGUGUAUCUGACGGUUGGCUCGUUUUCAUGGAGAGAAAUGUGGAGGAUUGUUCCAGGAUGAUCUGAACUGUUUUUGGUUUUUUUUAACCGGAUGUUUUUUUUAUGUUGCUUUUUCAUCAGCCAGCAAAAAAAGAAAAAAAUGGUUUACAUUUCUUGACAUGGCGUUUUUCCAUUUUCUCUGUAGUGAUUGCUGAGGCUUUAUGUUUUCCUUCUGAGGAGUGAUGUCAUUUUUCAGGCAUUUUUCAAGGACAACAUUUGAACAUUUUGCACAGUCAACAAGCUGGAGUUUUCUUUGCAUAGGACUCUCUUCUCUCCAACAGACAGAAAGGCAGGCAGGCAGCCCUCCCUCCACCGAGGCGAUAAAGACACAAUGGACUGGUCAUCGUCCUCCACCUCCAGCUCCAUGGCGAGCAGAAACGUGACCAACAAAAACGACCCCCACUCCCUGAACUCCCGAGUCUUCAUCGGCAACCUCAACACCCUGCUGGUCACCAAGGCCGACGUGGAGGCCAUCUUCUGCAAGUAUGGCAAGAUCGUCGGCUGCUCCAUCCACAAGGGUUACGCCUUCGUGCAGUACUCCAACGAGAGGAACGCCAGGGCCGCCGUGUCUGGGGAGGAUGGGCGGAUGAUUGUCGGGCAGGUGUUAGACGUCAGUGUUCUCCUUCCCGCAGACAUUAACCUGGCAGGAGAGCCGAAGCCUCGCCGGUCGAAGACGGUGAAACGAUCAGCAGGAGACAUGUACAGUUCAUCUUUUGAUUUGGAUUAUGAUUUCCAGAGAGAUUACUAUGACAGAAUGUAUCCAUACCAGCCUCGGGUGCCUCCUCCCACCCCGCCUCCUCUGUCGCGUGCCGUGGUCCCCUCCAAGCGCCCCAGGGUGAGUCUGAACAGCGGGGGCAGCCGAAGGAGCAAGGCCGCCUUCUCCUCAACCUCCGCCAAGAGCAGCCAGAGGACGUCCCGCACAGUGAGGACGGACGAUUUACAGACCAUCAAGAGAGAGCUGACACAGAUUAAGCACAAGGUGGACUACCUGCUGGACAGCUUGGAGCACAUGGAGAAGGACCACAGUAAGAAGUUGGAGAUUAAAAGCUCCAAGCCGGAACCCGGCGAGGUGUCUCCACUCCACUCAUCUACUUCCAGCAAGAAGGAGGGCAGCCUGACCAGAGCCAGAGGGAGCCAGGAGAUGAACGACUCGGAGGAGGACGGAGACCUGCUGGAGGACGAGGACGAGGUGAAAAGCAGAGGGCGAGACGAGGACGACGGCGAGCAGGAGGAAGGGGAGGACGACGGCGACAGCACCAACGGAGACGAGUCCUGAACGGGUCACGGGGAGAAAACACGCAGACCCGGGCAAAACAAGUCGUGCGUUCAACUCUCUCCACACCGCAGCGAUCUGCUCGUUUCUGCCGAAGUGAUAGAUUAUUUUUUUUUUUUUUUACACAGCUUUGACUUCCCACAGAUUAGAAGUGAAUUUUUCUUUUUGUGUCUUUGUUUUUUGUUAUGUUUCAUGUGUUUCCUCUGAAGGGCCCUCUGCUGCUAGUAGACAAGUGUAGUUUUCUUACAUUUGGUGAAAAUCGAAGAUGAGAAAUGUAAAUUAUUUUCUGUUUGGGAAUUUCGCUGCGUGUUUUUGCCAGGAAUUUCUACGUUUUUAUGUCGUGGUCAUAAAACAACGCUUUCUCGCUGACCCAUCUACCAGCAUUAUGCUGUUCUGUGCAACUUCUUCAUCACUGAGCGAUAGUAAGAGUUACUGUACAACAAAAAGAACUGCUCACUAGUUUUCUCAAACAUUUAUUUUUUUUUUUCACCUAAAAUAUCUCUGUUUCCUUGCAUGUGUUCUGUUUUGUUAGUUGAUUAUUUAGAUGCCUUUUUUUGGACUGUUGACUUGAACAAAAUGAUCUAAAAUUGCUACAACCACAUUUCUAAAUCCUUCAAAAAAGAAAAAGAAAAACCUGCUAAUCCCACUGCAACGCUGCAUCCCAACCAGCAGGUGGCAGCCUGCACCAACUACAAGACAAUAAUGACCUGUUUGUGUUCCUCAGACAGUCACUCCUCGUUUUUUGCUCCUAAGAUAAAACGUGAUCACGCACAUAGUCCACCCUUUCUUCCUCUCUAGACAUAUUCUGUUGGUUUAAAAUGUAUUUUAACCAGAACUGAACUCGGUCCAACUCUGUUGACUUCCAUGUUCCUUCUUGACUUCACAGGCAAAUAAACGUGUUGACAUUUUA